AUGACCUUGGUGGUUCCUCCCCAGCAGUGUGCUCGAAGCGCUCUACCUGCUCCGCUUUCGCCAUCUACCCCUUCUUCGGGACCUUGUGUUGGAUGCGUUAAGCUUCACGCUGAUAUUAAACAGAAUGUUCAAAUGAUGAUGGACAAGUUUGAUAUUUUACUCAUGCGCUUAGAAGGAUUUAUCAACGAUAAAAGUAGAGAUAACAUAAACGAACAGUACAGUCGUAGUGAAAGCGGCAGCGAGGAGAAGGAUAUACCGUCACCCGUUGACAGUCGGGCCUCACCUACCCUCGUUCAAGGAAGCCGUAAACGUAAACCAACAAAAGAAGCUAUUCACAAGCUCAUAGAAACCAGUGAAAAGAAAGUUAUGGAGGAAUCACCACCUACUAGCGUUGCAAUUUCCACAACCGCCGGUUCAACUCCCGUUUCUGGUGUUGGAGCCAUGCCUGCCGAGUUCAACUUCCCGGCUGCUCUAGGAGCUUCUGGCACAUUGGACCAAAUGGCUCAACAACAACAGCUUCUUCAAUUCAUUAUGCAACAAUCUCUUCAACAAACUACUCCUACAUCCACACCAAAUGCUACACAGCCUCAACAGCAACAAAGUGCCAGUCCCCAGGAGUCAGUAACUCCUUCAAAUAUCAAGCAGGAACAACCUGAUCCUCAAAGCAUUAUGGAACAAUUACAACAACAAUUCAAGGAGAAGUACGAAGAAGAAGACAACAAUGCUUCCGUCUCUCGUUGCAGUAACUGCAUGACCACGAAGACAACUGCCUGGCGACGUGACCUUACUGGAAAGUUGGUCUGCAACGCUUGUGGACUCUAUUAUCGUCUUCACAGAACUCACAGACCAGUACACAUGAGAAAAGAUUUUAUUCAACAGCGCUUCCGUCGAAAAACAAAGGAAGAAGAGGCAAAUACCCAAACAGCAGUUUUCAACCAAUUGCUUAGCAUGAGCGGGAUGCCCAACCAAGCAUUCAAUUUUCUAGAACAGUUCAAUCAGAUGAAUGCAGUCCAAGAGCAAUUAAACGCGACAGCACCUGUCUAA